UGAGGGCCGUCAGUCGGAAACGGGCAGCCAAUGGGCGCAGACGCGUAAGCCUGGGGCGGAGUUGUAGCUGCAGGCACCGCCUCCGCCUUUAUUCAACCGUCAGUAGCAUCUUGAGCGCUGCAGGGACACCAGCGGCUGCUGCGCUCUCCGUGCUUCGAGCCGCCGUACCGUCUGCGUGGCGGCCCGACGGAGACCAGAUGAUGGGCCCGCGAAGUUCUGGGCCCGCUCUGUGCUUGGCUGCGCCUUCCUCCCGAUCUCGGCCCCCAGCGUCGGAUCGCCGCCUCGCACCCGUUGGGCUCCCGGCGCCGCACUCGCCCCUUCUCGGCUCUCCCGCGACGGGCGGAGGGCGGCGAUCGGCCCUCACUUGGAGCCGCUGGCCCGGCCAGACUUCAGAGACCUCGGCUGAGAAGCGGCUCCCUCUUCCGCGGAUCUGCGGUGGAGGGUCCAGAGCGGGUCCCGCUUCAGGGGAAAAGACGACAGCGACGGCUCUGCGGGCUGGAAGAACACCAACUGACCGAGAAAACUGUUAGGAAGAGGAGAAGAUGUGAUACAGGAACAUCGAGCCUAAGCUGAGAAGUGAGAUGGUGUGGAGACUGCGGCCGGAUGUGGAUCCCUGUGUUGUCCCACAAGUGGCUGGAAUCUCAAGUCUCUGGAAGUAUUCUGCCUGUCUUGGCUUUCCAACCCCACCGAUCCUCCAGAGCGCACCAUGUAUGGAAGACUGGUUAUACUGGUCUCACCAGGCUCUCUCUCUGGCGUUUGAGUGAUUUUGGACUGAACCAGGUUCUUCUUCCUUUUCAUGGUGAUAGAAGUGAUCCCUGGCGAGUGGUAUGUGUGUCAGGACCCAGGAGGCUGGGCUGCAACUUUGGGAUGACUUGGAGCGCAGUCCACCAGGAGGAAAAUGCUUCCCGCGUGGGGUCCUGACACCUGCACAUGGGGCUUUGCCAUGAUUUCUUCUGGAUGUUUCUGUAAGGAGGAAUGCAGUGGUGUCCUUUGAAAGAAGAGGAUGCCAUUCCCCAUGUGAGGGCAAUGGAAGCUCAUGGAGGAAGACCACCAGAUCCAGAGAGAGAGCGACCAGGAGAGGAUACCAGCGUGAGACAGCGAAGCGGUCGGCCUCCUGAUGUUGGCGGUGCUGAAUGUGUAGAUAACACAGAUGCCAAAUUGCUAAGACAACUGCAAGCUCAAGAAAAAGCCCGACAAGCUGCACAAAUAAAGCUUUUGAGCAAACUCCAAAAGCAGGAACAGGCUCGCAUUGCCAAAGAAGCUAAAAAACAACAAGCAAUAAUGGCUGCUGAGGAGAAGCGACAGCAAAAAGAGCAGAUAAACAUUAUGAAACAACAGGAAAGAAUUAAGAGAAUACAACAAAUCAGAAUGGAAAAAGAACUUCGAGCCCAACAAAUUCUAGAGGCUAAGAGGAUAAAGAAGGAAGAAGCUGCAAAAGCCAAAUUUUUGGAGGCUGAGAAACGAAAACAGGAAAGAAUUAAGAGAAUACAACAAAUCAGAAUGGAAAAAGAACUUCGAGCCCAACAAAUUCUAGAGGCUAAAAGGAUAAAGAAGGAAGAAGCUGCAAAAGCCAAAUUUUUGGAGGCUGAGAAACGAAAACAGGAAAGAAUUAAGAGAAUACAACAAAUCAGAAUGGAAAAAGAACUUCGAGCUCAGCAAAUUCUAGAGGCUAAAAGGAUAAAGAAGGAAGAAGCUGCAAAAGCUAAAUUUUUGGAGGCUGAGAAACGAAAACAGGAAAGAAUUAAGAGAAUACAACAAAUCAGAAUGGAAAAAGAACUUCAAGCCCAGCAAAUUCUAGAGGCUAAAAGGAUAAAGAAGGAAGAAGCUGCAAAAGCCAAAUUUUUGGAGGCUGAGAAACGAAAACAGGUAAAUUUAGAGGACAGUCAGAGUUUUUAGUUUUUUAAAUUUAUUUUGUUAUCCUUAAUCCACAAUGACAUGAAGAACAUUAUGUUUACUAGGCUUCCCCCUUCAACAAAGU